AUGAACGGUGGGACCAAUGCCACCAACAGGCGUUUGGAUGGCUUGAACGCAACGCAGCAAAAAUCCUCUUCGGAUCCGUUAUUUCUUGCUAUCGAGGAAGAACUACAUGAUACUCGACGCGUGCAUGCAGACGGGCAGGAGGACGAUUUGCGCCUGGCGCUGAGUAUGGUUAUUACCCGGGUUACUGAACUGUCAACACUCCUUAGCGAAGCCUACAAGACCCAGGCAGACCUCGAGGUCCAGCUAAACGUCACCAAAUCAAAUCUGAAGCUCGUCAUUGCCAACAACGAGAUGCUCGAGGAGGCAUUGAAGCAAGGUCAUGCGAACGACAUUGGGUGGAGAAGGUCGAGCAGUUCGGACCACCGGCAGAAGAGCCAGAGCAUUGAUAUCGUACCGGAGAAUGGCGUGGCGAUGAAAUCUCUGUCGAGCUCGCCUUCGUUGCCGUCCUUAGCAGGCACACCGCCGCCACCACCACCACCACCACAGCAACAGGACAGCAGGUUCUUUUAUAAGUUCCGGUUCACCUCCUCCAGUUCCGCGUCGCGCGCGUCCAGUCGACCUGGGACACCGAAUCUCGGGCAUGGCCCAUCAUCGCCUAAUCCGACGCUCACGUCACCGUCGAUGCCCAGUCUACCUGUAAUGGCGAGUGUGAAUGCCAGCAAAGACAAGGAAAUGGAAGAGCUGAUGGCGUCGCUAGAGAAGGAACGGGUGGCGCAUAAGGUCGUUGUUCGCGAAAAGGCGGCGCUGGAGGCAGAGCUCGAGUCGUUAUCUCAGGCCCUAUUCGAAGAGGCGAACAAGAUGGUGGCGACGGAAAGGAUCAAGCUGGCUGAGACAGAGGAAGAGCUGAGGGAAGCCAGGCAAGAGAAGGAGGCUCUCAAGAGCGCCUUGAGGGUCGUGGAAGGGGAGAAUGUCCAUUUGCGGGGCUCUUCAUCCAGUUUUAGGACGCCAGAUCCAUCGAUGGAGAACCUCGCACUAUCAGAGACUCGCUCGCGAUCUUCUUCAGAGGUUGGUGUAAAGUCGCGACCAGCUUCUGCAUCGUCGCUAUCGUCGCCAUCCGUGUCCAGAGAGACGUUCUCGCCGGUCUUAACCGCCGAGAUAGGCCCUGCUGCAGCAGGGGAUGGAGAGGAGCUGGCGGAAGAGAACCCUACCCCCCAACAUCGGAGUACGGUCCCAUCGCCGUCACUUAUCGAAUCGUCGUCGCUUUCGCAAUGGGCGGAGGAGAGAAUGAUCCGAUACCCAGACAAGGAGGAAGAAGCUGAAGAAACACUGCGUCAGCGUAAGCCGUCGCCGCCAUGGGACGAAGGGUCUUCUCCCUGGGCAGAUGUGCCUUCUUCCGAUACCCGCACACGAUUGUCCACAUCUUCCCCGUUACUACCUAUCUCGCCGCAUUGA